CGAAACGAUUGGAAGGUAAUAAUAUAUGAGAUGAUACAAGUUCAGAGUUGUUAAAGCGUCGCGGUUAUUGCAAGGUAAUUGUCAUGGCUUCGGAACGUUAUAGUUUCUCAUUAACCACAUUUAGUCCAUCCGGAAAAUUGGUACAAAUAGAAUAUGCCUUGGCUGCAGUAGCUGCUGGUGCUCCCAGUGUUGGCAUUAAGGCAUCAAAUGGAGUUGUACUUGCUACUGAAAAUAAGCACAAAUCUAUACUUUAUGAUGAACACAGUGUCAAUAAAGUUGAGAUGAUUACAAAACACAUUGGUAUGGUAUAUAGUGGUAUGGGACCUGAUUAUAGAUUACUUGUCAAACAAGCUCGUAAAAUGGCUCAACAAUAUCUGCUUGUUUAUCAAGAACCUAUUCCUACUGCCCAAUUAGUUCAACGAGUAGCUAUGCUUAUGCAGGAAUAUACACAAUCUGGAGGUGUUAGACCAUUUGGAGUAUCUUUAUUAAUUUGUGGAUGGGACAAUGGAAAGCCAUAUCUAUUUCAAUGUGAUCCAUCUGGUGCUUAUUUUGCAUGGAAAGCAACUGCCAUGGGAAAAAAUUUCAUUAAUGGCAAAACAUUCCUUGAAAAAAGAUAUAGCGAAGAUUUGGAAUUGGAUGAUGCUGUCCAUACUGCCAUUCUUACAUUGAAAGAAGGAUUUGAAGGUCAAAUGACUGCAGAUAAUAUAGAAGUUGGUAUUUGCGAUGCAAAUGGAUUUAGAAGAUUAGAUCCAUCUAAUGUUAAAGAUUAUCUUGCUAGUAUCCCUUAAUUAAUUAAUUCCCUUGAUCAAUUUACUAUGUAAUAAAUCCGCAAUUUAUAAAUAUUAUAAAGAGAAAAAUAAGUUCUUACAAUAAAACGUACUUUCAAACUA